AUGUGUUCUCCGAGCUUCCUGAUUUCACUAGCGGUUCUCACAGUUCUACUUCCGACAGGCCAAGCUGCUUUAGAUGCCCCAGAAUGUGGUAAAUUCAACGAGCAGCAGUACAAGAGUAACGAGCAUCCGUGGAUUGGACGGAUAGUAGAUGAAAAGGAUCGAUUACUCUGCGUUGGCACCCUUAUAUAUACCCGUUAUGUGGUGACAACCGCUCACUGCGUUUCAACUCGGUUUAGGAAUCACAUUUCUAAAGUCAUUUUUGGCAACUUAAAAUCCAGCGACAGCUAUGAAAUCAGGUCGACCUUUGUCCAUCCGGAUUAUUCAGCUGAAAAAUUUGAAAACGACUUGGCCAUAAUCGAGCUUACCAAAGAAGUUAAUGUAACCGAGUUUGUUCAACCCAUUUGCUUGCCUUCAGCAAAGGAUCCAAAGGAUGAACUAAAAGUUGUGGGAUGGGAGGGACCUUUAAAACCAAGGAAUGGACCUGAAACGACGAGGUUGGAUAAGCGCAUUAAAAUGGCCUUCACUAGACCUGAUAGCCAGGAGUGCGACGAGCUGCCAGCUCAUCUGAUCUGCGGCCAUGCCGAGAAGUCUCCCCUUUCAGGAUCUGCAUUGAUACAGGCAUCCGGAAAUCCGCGGAAGUUCCAUCUAGUUGGAUUUGCGGUCGCUGGCAUCAUCAAGCCCGGCGGUGUUCAGGGAUACUUAAACAUUCGGCCAUACCUAGAUUGGAUCCGAAGAUUAUCAGAACCUUUAUAA